AUGGCACUGGGAACCACGCUACUAGCGCUGCACGGUACGUUGCUGUUAAUGGGAGCAACCGCAGCGGAGCACUCAUUUGCCGGAACCUUCCAGAUGGAGGAGUAUCUGAAAUUUCCACCACUGUUCGUGUACGAUGACUUCGAGGACUGCCGCCGGUGGUACCGGGACGAUUACGUUUAUUGCAUCGUAAAGGCACCGCUGGCUCCGGACGAAAAUUCAGCCCUGUGGAGAAAUCUAAGCUACUUUUCAGCCGACAAUCACCACUACGACCACACGCUGCUCGAACGGGGCGUGUGUGUGCAAAAGUGUCACGAUGCGAUCAUCCAGAACGCGACGGAACUUGGAACGGAUCGACUCACCCGUGAGCAGCUCAUGCACCGGUGUAUACAGGCGGAAAUCGAACCUCACUACAAUCUGGUUGUGUCGAGCGAGUUGCACGUUCAACACUGCUACUCGCGGAGCACCGAAAACAUCCCUUAUGAUGGUCUGGAUUUGGCGUUCUUCCUGCUAGCCGCAGUCAUCAUCCUCCUUGUGAUCGCCUCCACCGUGUACGAUCUUCACCAACAAGCGCAACAGAACUUCCCCGAGGAGUACUUCCAGCGCAACUCCAAGCUAGCCCAUCAGCGUCUGCUCACAGCGUUUUCCGUGGCACGCAACAUUCGUCGCCUUAAGGAACCGAUCCACACGCAAACUCGCGUCGAUCUCGCCUGCCUAGAGGCGUUCCGGUUCGCCCAGACAUUCCGCGUCGUCUUCCUGCACGUCACAAUCGCACAUCUUAAGAUACCGCAGCGCAAUCCCGAAUAUCUCGAGCAGCUGCAACACAGUGCAUCGCUUCAGACGUUCAUCGCCGAGUUCCAAAAUUACGUCCAGACGUUCUUCACGAUCGGCGGAAUGUUGCUGGCGGUUAACGUGCUUGAUCACGUGCGCAAACACCCCACGUUUCGGUUGGCGUACUUCGGUGAGCGACUUCUGAAUCGCCUCUGUCGUCUGGUGCCAACGUACGCCUUCAUGAUCCUGCUCGAAGCGUCCGUCAUGCGGCAUUUGGUGGGCGGACCAUUCGGGCAGCAGUUCAUUGGCGAGUCUUCCGCUAACUGCCAACGGUGGUGGUGGGCAAAUCUCCUGUUCGUGAACAACUACAUCGCCUGGCAUGAACCGUGCUUCAUACCGUCAUGGUAUCUCGCAACGGACCUUCAGCUGUACGUGUUUGGAAUGGCGAUAAUGAUGGUUUUCUGGCGAUGGCCUUCCACCAAACGGUACAUCUUUGGUGCCAUCUUUUUGUACAGCGCAGUCAUACCAGCAGUGGCCUACCUACUGUCCAACAUCACACCCGUCAUGACAGUCGACAUGAAGGACGUGGACCUGUACAUACGCGGUCAGCGUUUCCAAAGUGAGCUUUACUUCCCGUUCCACCAAAACACCGGAAUCUACUUCAUCGGCAUGCUUGCCGGUGCGAUUUAUCACCACUACCGGGAUCAACGUAAGGAGCUGUUCCAACAGCCCGUCUUCCGACAAAUGGUUCACCUGAGCGGAUUGCUGUAUGUCUUCUGCAUGGCCACCGUGUCCUGGGUGGUGUCAAACCUGUCCUGGCUGCCAGCAGCCGUACUUGCCGUGUACGCAAGCGCGUUCAAAUUUAGCUGGGGCCUGUUCAACACUGUGCUUCUGCUGGCGCUCGCACUGCUUCACCGAAACAACUGGAUCAAGAUGGCGCUUAGCCAUCCGAUCUUCCGAGUACUCGGUAAACUCGGCUACAGUGUCUACCUUAUCCACUUCACCGUGAUCAUGCAGGUGUAUGGUCGCGAAAAGGCACCCAUCUUCAGCAACGAACAGAUCGUCACCGGCUACACCGUUGAAGUGCUCUUCUUUAGCUACAUCUUCGGUACGUUGCUGUGCGUGUUGGUCGAGCUGCCGACUGGGGCCGCGCUCAAGGAACUACUCGAACCAAAGGCACGCAAAGCCUCCAUCAACCAGGUUCACACGGCCCCGGAACCGAUCAGUGGAACAGCACCAUCCAGCACGCCAUCACCGGACGCGACCAUUGGAGCGGGCUCUACGGAAAGUCUCUGA